AUGACUGUGUGUGUGGGCGUUCUUUUUUCGACUUUUGCGGUGUUGGCAAGUGGGGGCCGUGGAGCUUUUGCUCAGCAUCAAGGGCGUGGGGGUGCUGAGCAAGCGCUCCGUAUGGCGGUCGUGGGCGUAUGGAGAGCAGAAGUGCCCAUCGUCAGUGCCUCGCCUCGGACGGGCAUAGCCUCAGAAGGGCAUAUAUGGAUAUGUGGGGACGGUGGGGAGGGCAAGGACUAUAUGCACUUCAAGUCACUGCACAAAGUCCUCCAAUUCCAAGGUGAUGUGCUGAGAAGCUCUGACUUGGCUGGCUCAAAUGCCCCACGGUCGCAGCGCUUGAUGCCCUUAAAGCGUCAACUUGCCGCCACGGCCGCCACAGUUGCAGCACUCGCAUGGCCAAUGCGCAGCACUCGCCACGGUCGCAAGGCAGCGGGACGGCGGCGUUUGCUUUGGAGCUGCUCCCUGGCGGAGGAUGAUGUGAAGACGGGCUUUGCAGAGCUCUUGCGUUCAAUUGAGAUGUGGUUGAGGAGGAAAGGUAGCCAGAGAGUUGUUCUGAUUGGUGAGGGCUUUGGAGGCCUCCUGGCCUUGGCGCUGGCCUUCCGCACUGGCCGAAGCCUGAAGGGGUUGAUGAUGGUCAACCCGGCAACAGGUUUGGUGCAGCAGCCUUGGAGACAGUUGCGCCCGGGUUUACCUGUGGUGCCAUUGUCAGAGCUCCUGGCCCUGGCGCCUGAGACCGCGACGGUCUCUGAAGCCAUCACUGGAACUUUGGGACUUCGUUCCGCCUCAGCGGCUGCUCGUGCUGGAACUCUCCAAUUUCGCUUGAAGGCGUGGUUGCGUGAUGGCUGGGAGCUGGUCUCUUCUGAGCUUCGCAGACCACCGGAGCGGAACCCCCUGCCCGCGACGGUACUGGCCUUCUCCGAUGAUGUACUGUUACCUUCCAAAGACGAAGGCAACAUGUUGAAGCCCGCUCUCCAGGAGCGUUGCUUGAUCAACAGGCUACAGGUGAAGGAACUGGAGAGCAAGAGCCACGAACCUUUGGUGGGAGACAUCGACUUAGUGGCCAUCUUGAAGGAGUCUCCAAUUUUCCAAGCACCAAAGGAUCCAGUCUCAGACUUCAAGUUCCCCUCCAUGGCCGAGCUAGAAGAAGGCUCGAAGGAUGUUGAGCGUUUGGCAUCUGUGGUCUCCCCGGUCUUUUGCAGCUUUAGCGCCGCUUCUCCAUCGCAGAGAGUUUUUGGACUAGAGGGAGUCCCUACUCCAGCAGAUGUGGGAGAGCGCCCUGUGCUGCUGGUGGGCAAUCAUCAGCUGGCAGGAGCAGAUCUGGGUCCCUUGUGCGAGAAUUCCUGGUCGAUCGGGGGGUUCUGA